AUGGAGCCCAGAAUUGGCGUUGCCGUCUUUGUCGUAAAUGCCGAAGGAAAAUUUGUCCUGGGAAAGCGGAAGGGGAGUCACGGCGCAAAUACGUGGGCUUUGCCAGGCGGACACCUUGAGUACGGCGAGUCGUUCGAGACCUGCGCGGAACGCGAAAUCCUCGAAGAAACCGGCCUCCAGAUUCGCGAUAUCCAGUUCCUAACGGCCACGAACAGCGUCUUCGAGGCGGAAGGCAAACACUAUGUCACGAUCUACAUGGGCUCGGUUGCCAGUGAUGACUCGGCUCAGCCGCAGCUCAUGGAGCCCGAGAAGUGCUCGGCAUGGGAGUGGACCUCGUGGGAUGAGCUCCGAGCGGCUGGGGAGUCACAAAUAAGUUCAGGCUCCGCGUCUACUGGGAAACAGCUAUUUCUGCCGCUGCUCAGUCUGCUUCAACAGCGACCUGAUUUCCGGCGCUAUCGGUUUUUCAUCACGGUGGACCACGAAGCUUUGGAAUCUGUUCUGAACGCCCCCGAGGACUUUGAUGAGGAGGUGGCGUUUGUUCGCAUGGUCCAUGCUGAAUGGGAGCCGCAGGAAUAUGAUGAAGAGGAUAUUGCGAAUGACGAUGUCGACCCUCCUGAGGAACCGCUCGAGGGUUGCACGGAACAUGAUGUUGGUUGGAUGAAGAUGUAUUGGCGGAUUACGGAUUUGCCGGGUUUCGGGCACUUGCGUGAUAUCGAUGACUGGCAGACGCAUUAUGUUCGGUCGCCUGAGAUUGGAGAUAUUCUUUGA